CGCGCGGACCGUCGUCAAGGGGCCCGGACCAAAGUUGCCCGGACUUUGUGCUCAGCAUUCGUCGUUCGUCGCAUCCCACGGUCGCGCUAUGGACCUUUCGGACCUAACGUCUCUAGAGCUCGAAAUCCUGGAACGGACAGCUGACAUGGGUGCCAUAUCCUACGAUUCGACCCCGAUGCGCGACGUCGACGAACGCAGCGCCGCGGGCACCGACUGUGGCAACGACGAACGGCCGCGCCGCGGUGAAGCGAGUCCGCAAGAGCUGGAAGACGCACCCGACGAUGGAACCGGGCGGCUUGGGAACACGGACUGGUGUCUAUGUGGUUCCUGCGCGCCGAUGGAGACCGUCGUCGAGUGCGUCUGCUGCCGCGAAUACCCGGCCGUCGCACGGAAGCAGCAGGGCCGGCAGGGCUGCGUAACGGGCCACCCGGACUUCGAGGCCCUGUGCCUCAACCCUGAGGUGUUGAGGUUGGCCUACCUCAACAUGCGGCACUACGGGCAGCAAGGGAUGGGCGCAAGUGCCAGCGAAUACCAGACACCCUGAAGCCGGUGGAUGAUCAUCUCGACAUGUUCCUUGUGGUGCCAGCAACACUUGCACCGCUGGUGUGGCAUUCUUUGCACGCUAUGCUGGGAUAGUUUUUUAGGGGUGCCAUGUCUGGACAG